UCGGAGCCGCUCUCUCUCUCCCUCCCCCCGCUCUCUCUGGUAUCUCGGAGCCGCUCUCUCUCUCCGUCCCCCGCUCUCGGUGGUCCCAGUCCUCCCGCCAUGCCCGGUGACAGUCGCCGUGUUCGUGGCCCGGAGCGGUCCGAGUGCCCAUCGUUGUACCGGUCGGUCCCGGUGUCGGUGCCGGUGGUUCCGGUCCCGGUCCCGGUCCGCCCCCCCCGCUCGGUGUUCGCCCGGGCCGGGGUGCUGAGCCAGGCUGGCGGCUCGGCCUAUGUGGAGCUGGGCGGCAGUAAGGUGCUGUGCUCGGUGUGGGGGCCCCGGGGGGCGGCGGGGGGCUCUGGCCGGUGCCGGUUGCUGUGUGAGCUCCGCUGGGCUCCGUUCUCCCGCCGGGGGCCCCCCCGCUCCCCCCCCGGGGCCUGGCUGGCGGAGAGCCUGCGGCCGGCGGUGCGGACCGAGCGCUAUCCCCGGGCCGAGCUGGCCGUGUCGGUGCUGGUGCUGGAGGACCGGGGCUCCGCGGGGGCUCUGGCCGUGUCCGCCGCCUCCCUGGCCCUGGCCGACGCCGGCAUCGAGAUGUACGACCUGGCGGUGGGCAGCGGGCUGAGCCGGGCCCCCGGGGGCCAACUGCUCCCCGACCCGCUGGACACCGAGGAGGAGACCGGGGACACCAUGUACGUCAGCCUCCUGCCGGGCCUCAACCAGGUUUCCGGCCUUGUAUGUAGUGGAGAAUGGGAAGGAGAGAGUUCUGUGGAAGCAAUAAAACUAUGUAUGGAAGGCUGUCAGAGACUGUACCCUGUGCUGCAGCAGAGCCUCAUCAAAGCUACAAAACGCAAAAUCCCGGCACCAGAGUCCUCCUAACACCCUCAUCUUAAUGGUUUCUUCUUGGUUUUGACAUCAGUGAAUUUGGCAGCAUCGUUCAGCUAAAAAAAAAAAAACCACCACCACCAGACCAGCCAGGGGUGAUAUUUCAUUGCGCAUCGUCCUGGCACAGUCAGUUUAUUGUUUUUACAAAAUGAUUAAAGACAGUAUUUUUUCUAA